ACUGGAAAACCGGUGACAACAACCCUUACCCCAUGGCUAAUCCCGAAUUAAGGCUUCUUUUCCUGGAGCUGGAUAAAUGUUUCACUGAUCAGCAAAGAAAUGCUGCAGUGCUUUUAGUAAAGGACUAUGUACCAGAUGUAGCGGACAGGAUUACAAGUAUGGAUCAACUGCUUGGGGAACUGUUUGAUAGAGAGGUCAUUUGUAAAACUGACCUCAGUUUGAUACGUACCGUACUAGAGAAGGUCGAGGUCUCCGAUGGAUGGCAGGCGCUUGACAAAUUUUUCUCGCAGCUGAGUCCGGGCACCAAGGAAUACAUACAGCACCCUGCCCACCAAGACACGUUUAUUGGGCGAAAAGAAGAACUUAAGCACAUGAAGAUUUUCUUCAGGGGCCAGGAGCACGACACUCCCGCUUGUUUGUUCCUAAGCGGAUUCCCGGGAGUCGGCAAAACCCGCCUUGCCUGCCGGAUCUGCGACAUGCUCAGCAAAACAGCGGAAAUAGUCUUCUUAGAUCUGCGUAAGAUAACGGACGUCUCCACAAUGCGCAGAAGUAUGAUCCAGAAGAUAGACGGCCCUAAACAGACGUACGACCAGGAAACUCUUGACAUGCUUGUAAAGGAUUUUGAAAGACGUAAGAAAGAGUAUGUAGUGGUGUUGGACAAUGCCGAGGAUAUUCUUAAUCCAAAGUCUGGCGACACGACAGUGCUGGAUUUCAUGAGUCUCGUGGAGAGGUUGUGUACAGUCGGUCAUUCAGAUCAUCUGAAGAUCAUUAUUACAUCCAGAUUUCAGAAUCCACUGACAGCAGAAACAGGAAAACUGGGAAGAAAGCACAGCCUUAAAAUACACGUUGAAGAAAUGAAACUAGAUAAGAUGUCCUUGUCUGAUUCCGUAGAAUUCAUUAAAUACAAAAGUGGCAAAGCUGAGUUGAGGGAGAGAGACCCUGAGAAACUAGCAAAACUCUGCGGUUACUGUCCUCUUGCUAUGAAACUCGUGGCUGGUAGGUUGAAAAAUAAAGUGGUAAAGCCAAGAGAUAUGAUCAAGAUGCUGGAGAGGUCUGGGGCGAGUCUAAGAAAGAAGAAACGCCCAGGAAUGCAGAGGCUGGAGAUUAUCCAUGACCCAGAGACAGCGCACUACGAAGACAUGAAAUCCUGUAUUCAGAGCGCCUUCCACUAUGUGACUCCGGACGACCAGAACUUUCUCCUUAGACUCUCUGUGAUCCCCGCCAGUUUCAACAAGGACACUGCCGCUGCCGUCAGCGCUCUGCGAGAUCCCAGGGAGAUAGGUUUUAGGCUACAACUCCUCAUGUAUUACAACUUGGUGGACGUGGAAAACCCAUCACAACAAAGGACGACCGCAUCAGGUCAAUUUGGAGGACCUACUCGAUGGCGUUUGCAUACACUCCUAAAAAUGUUUCUUGAUGAAAAUGAAAAGAACCGGGCCGAAACUGAAGCUUUGGAGGAGGCAAAAGGCAAUUUUGUCCGACACUAUGCCAGAAUUGUUAAGAAAAUAGCUACAAAUUUAGAUUCUGACUACUCCACGGCAAUGAGAGGUAUGGAGAAUGAAGAGGCCAAUAUCUUUCACUUCUUUUUCCUGCAAAACAAAGUGGAAAGCAGAAAGGUUCAGACGCUGGAUGAUCCGAUAACCAGAACCGAUGUGGUGUAUCUUCUGGAACUAAUGGCCAACACUCCGGAAAGGCUGGAGUAUUUCAAACACAGGGUGGCUAAGGCCAAGGAAGAUGGACACUGGAGACAGUACGCCGAGUUCCGCUGUUGGGAAGCACUUCAGUACAAUAACCUUGGAGAAAAUACUGAAGUGGCAACUAGCAUACUAGAAGAUGCUUACGAACAUCUUAGUAAUUUACCGUCCAAAGAACAAACAUCUGUUGACGGCCAACUAGCAUUUGCUCAUUUCUAUCACAUUUGGGGCAACGUUUGUGUGGACAAAAGGGACUAUGCCACCGGUAUUGCGAUGUUGGAGAAGAGUGUGGUCAUCCGGAAACACAUCUGUGAUGAUAUCCUUGAGCGGCCCGGGUCGAUUUUGAUUAAAACCCUGAAUGAUCUGGGCCACGCCUAUUACAAGUGUUCUGAGUACUCUUACCCACGAAAGUGGUCGGCCUUACAACGAGCUUUGACAUACCACAGAGAGGCUUUGGAAUUGCGCCAAUCAUUGUCCCUGAACCACUGUGAUACAGUCACCUUUUACAUGAAUUUGGGAGCUUGUUACCACAGCAUGAAAGAUUUCCAGAAGGCCGUCGACACUUACCAGGCUGCGCUUGACUUGGAUGAGCGCCUACAUCUGUUCACAAUGAGCAUUAAAGCCACUAUCCUUAAAAACAUGGCGCUCAGUCUGCGUGCGCAGGGCAGUUUUGAGGACGGUUUUCAGCUUGCUGAGGAAGCCUACGACAUCAUGAAGAAAAACGAGGAUCUCAGAGAGCCAGCCCGAUGUCUGUACAUCUGUGGAUUACUACAGAUAGAAAUGAAAAAUUACGACAAGGCGAUAGGGUAUUUCGAGAAGCAGUUGGAGUUGGAGGAAAAGCUACUAAGAGACGGCAGGCCUCAUAGCGACGACUGGCAAGGCCUGAAGAAAAAGUUCAGUGACCUGUGUAAACUGACGGACUCGGACUGGAAACACUACAGCGACAGAUUCCAGAAUGCAGAAAAGGCGUAUGAAAACGCCACGAGAAGCGGACAACACUUCCGGAAAAUGGCUCGUAGCAAGCGUCGGCGGCACUCGGACUCUUCUCAAAGCAGCACAGAUUCUGACUCCUCACAGAAAAGAACUAAGAAAGAUAUUGACGAAUGCAUCAACCCCAAUAUCUACGAGAAUGAAUACUUCAAGAUACUUUCCAAAGAAAAGGUGUUCUCUCGUCAACGAGACUUGUCCUUGUCCGAUAAAGACAAACUCCCUGGAAUAGGCAACAAUCCACCGCUACCUAUUCGUCGUUCAGAUUCUAGAACUGGCUCUAGUAUGCUCCCCGUCAUCGGAGACCGAAGGCGGUUAUCGGACCAGGCAGGAGAGUUCCAACGAGAACGGAACAAAAUGACAGACUGGCUGCGGUACUACACCAAGCAUUGUAAUAUUCUCUAACGGCAUCGUGCAUGUGAUGUGACCGUUACAACAUGUCUCUAAAACACAGAGCCUGAUAACAUGCGUAAUUAAAUACCGGUUGCCGUGUUCUCCUGGAUGCUGGGUGUAUCUUGUGCAUGUUUCUCAGCAUUUUCUCGUGGUUUAUUAGAUGUACUUCUUCUCGUACCUUAGCGGACAUUCUCCCUCACCGCAUGUCAGGUGUGUUGAUGACAGUAUAUACAUCACCACAUAUUCUCGUGAACGGCUACAUGUCUGCAUGUCUGGAUUACAAGGUAUACAUCACGACAUUUUCUCAUGAACUGCUGCAUGUCCGGAUUAUAGGGUAUACAUUACAUGUUUUCAUGAAUUGCUGCACGUCUGGGACUACACCACGACAUGUUCUUAUUAACUACCGCGUGCAUGUGUUGAUUACAGCAUACAUCACAUCGUGUUCUUGCUGCAUGUGUGGAUUAUGAGGUAUACAUCACGACAUGUUCUCAUAUGUUCUCGUUAACUGCUGCAUGUCUGGAUUGUAGGGUCUACAUCACGACAUGUUCUCAUGAACUGCCGAAUGCAGGUGCUGAUUAUAGCAUACAUCACUGCGUGUUCUGGUGAAUUGCUGCAUGUGUGGAUUAUGGAGUCUGCAUCACGACAUGUUCUCGUGAACUGCUGUGUUGAUUAUAGCGUAUAUCACAAACUUCUGGAUGUAUUAACGUUUAACACCAUACUUCUCACUUUUUAACUGUAAACGCAACUGCUGCCGAGGUUGUCAUUUUAAGUUAAACUUAAUUCCUUUUGUAUUUUAUUCAUCUCAACAGACUACAGGUAUAAUGGUGUCGCCUUUCCGAAGCGCAAUGUUUAUCGGGAUUCCUACUGGGGUUAAAAACUGGUUAUAAUCAGAGAAACUGCAGCUGUCAUUUCAAAUUUGUUAAUUCCCUCUAUAAAAGCAAUACGGUGACCAUUACCCAAACAUUACUUAUUGAUUUUUCCACAUUAAGUGUUUCACGCCGUGUUCAAGAAUAUUUCAUUUUUUCGCCGGCGUCCAGCAUUAUGGUGACAGGAAACCGGGCCGAGUAGGAGAAACGCACCACCGUCCGCAGGUUGCUGACAUUUAUAAAUAUACGAACGGAAAGGAAGCCAGGAUGAGUAAAAGUGAAAGGCUCUGGAGUAAGUGUUCUGCGCUAGCACGCUAACCACUCGGCUUCGGAGUCCCCAAGUCUAAGGAAUGACAUGUAUCGACACAUACAAUCAUUAUGCUGCAGUUCCAUUGUGUUGUGUGGUAAUUUGUGUGCAAAAGUCGUAUCUUCCCUCGGAACGGAUUGAAGGGAAGAUUUUUUGAAGGUAUUAUUUUUUUAGUUUGCCAAUUAAGCAGUAUUUCGCAUUGCCCCUUUAUAUCCUUCAUUACCCGGCUGAUCAUUUGACAAAUGCUUAUAAUGUUUUAUUGAAGUGUAUUUUGAUUUUAAGGCUACAGUCUGCAUCUACCAGUAGACUUGGUGUUUCGGGCGCAAUUCAAUGAAGUAACUUCUAUGCAUAUCAUGGAUGGUCUGUUUUUAUAUUACGUGAAAUAAAAACAAA